AAUACGAGAUAAGAUUGAAAAUUUUGCCAUUUGAAUUGUUGGUGUCAGGAAUAAAAUUUAUCUCUGGUUGGUGUUGUGAUCACGGUAGAGGAAGUUGCGAUAGACGUUGUGGUUGCCGUAGAUUCUACAAACUUUUUUGUUUUUAAUAAAGAAGAACGCACUUUCUGCAAUAUAAUUUCCAAGCGUGAAUGUUUGCAGAAGCAAAUAUAAAUACAAACCAAUGGGCAAUUCAAACUCCAGGAGUGACUCCGGAAGCGAUGGGCCGAAUGGAGGGUCAGGUGGUGCUAAGGAAAAACCACCCAAAUCCACGCAAACUAUUCCUAUAGGUGAUGGAAAUUCAAUUGUUAAUAAUAAUGCUAUGUUAAAGGCAGAGCGAUCCAUGAGUAGAUCUGCAUCAGGUGCGGAUGUUACGGAAAAGUACUUAACUCAGCUCGUGCCAAUAGAAAAGUUAUCUGAAAUUCUUAAAGAAAAGUCUGCCAAGCACGGGGUCAAUGGCAUUGUUUCAGACGUGUUUGUGUCACAAGUUUUUCCUCAAUAUGCUGAUUUAGGCAAAAGAUUAUUUCGCCUAAUGCAUUUAGCAUCGAAAGCUAGAACUGCUUAUUUAGGUACAGUGGCAUUCCGUCAGCAAUGCGAACGUUUUCUUGGUAUAAUGGAUGAUGAAAAAAUAUUAGAGUGUUAUAUAAAAAUGUACGCGGAGGAAGACAAUCCAGACUUCAUUACAAAGGAGGGUGUUACACGCUUACUUUUCAUUUGCUACACAAUAGCUAUGCAACAUUCGGGCAACGCAGUUCUCUGUCCAGCAAUUAACCGUACAUUUGGUUCGGUGACUAAAUCAAUAUUUUUUAGCCACGACAGCCUUAGUGUCGGUUUUGUUUGUCGAUGGUUUGAACAGAACCUUAUUCGUUUAGUAUUGUUGGUGCACAAAUACUGUUUACACACAUUAUCAACUUCAUAUAGAGGUCUCGAACAACAAACUCAAUCAUGCGGAAUAGAACUUCAAACACCAGUUUUAGAACAACGAAAUCCAUUCCCGGAUGCAGGUAGUAAGGAUGCUGGUGUCUCGACCUUUGAAUCUUUAAUGCCGUUAUCUCAGGCAUGGUUAUUGGCUGGAGGACUACCUCCCCUUUUUUCUAAGCCACAAACGAUACAAUCACCAAAUUCCAAUAAAUCAUCUGCAGCUCAAAUCUUUAAGGAGAAACUUUCUAUGAUGCCCUCGCAUUGGACUUUACUGUAUGACUCAAAUGAACAUGGUUUAGGCGCUAAUCGCUUUUUGCAUCACGUGCUUGGUUAUCGCGGCCCAACGCUUGUGUUGAUACAUACCAAGGACGAUCAGACGUAUUGCAUCGCUGCGCCAAAUGAAUGGAAAGAAACUCAUUUAUAUACAGGAGGCGAAGGCAGUUGUAUAAUUCAACUUUUUCCAAAAUUUGUGAUAUUGGAAAAAAAGCCCAACAUUUUAUACUUAAAUACCAGCAUACGUGGCUAUCCAAAGGGGCUUCGUGCUGGUUCAGAUCCACGUAAACCUGUUAUCGCUGUGGACGAACACUUCGAAAAUGUGGAUUGCAAAGGAUUAGCUGCUGUGCUAACUGCUAUUGAGGUAUGGGGCUGUGGUGACAAGGCAUCACGUGAUGUGCAAUUGGAUAUUAAGAAAUGGCAAAUCAAGGAAGCUGAACGGCAACGGACUGUAAAAUUAACUGCAGCUGAUUGGAUGGAUCAUCCUGAUCGCUACCUAUUAGAGCUAGGCGGUCGCACAAAUUACAACAAUUGAUUAAUAUACACCUUUUGUUGAUGAAUGCCUAAUUUUUCGUGCCUUUAACCCCUGGCGUUAGUAAUAGUUAUUAACAACAUUUAUACGAGUUUACGAGUACAUAACCAAUCAGUUUUGUUUCGCAUAUUUAUUAUGUUUGGGUAAUUGAAGACCUUAAAGCAGAAAAGACAUGUCUCGACGUAUUGUUCGGUCAGUCAAUGAUUCCAGUGUUCUAAUUUUAAGUGUUUAACGUUAUUUCGAUCUGUAUUUUGUGUUUAGUUUGUCGUUAAAAAUGUUUUAGUAUGGGUAUUUAUGUAUGUAUAUACUCGGUGGACAGUCAUUUUGACUGUACAAUAAUUUUAAAAAUUUUUUUCAAUUUCUAAUAGACGACAAACAUAUGUAUACUACCGUAUAUAUAUUUAUAUA